AUGAGCCGCACCAAAGACGGCGGCGCCGUGGAAGCCGCUGUUCUGGCCGAGGCAGGCGCGGCCGCUGCAGAAGAGCACAACAACGCAUCGCCCGAAACAGCAACUGCGACCAGCCCACCACAGCACGUGCCUCCCAUCGCCUUUGUCGCAUCCGCUGCUGCUGCCGUCCGCCGCCUCUGGUGCUUUCUCGUCUUCGAUCUCCUCCUGCGCGAAGUCAUCCUGCAUCCAUCUCCCGACGGCCGUCACAUUCCUCUGCAGCUCGCCGCCGACCCAGCGCGCCCGCCGCACCUUGUUGACGUCCGCCGCGGCCAUGGCUACCUGUCCAACGCAAUCCGCACAUCGCGCUAUACAGUGCUCAACUUCGUCCCCAAGCAGUUGCUGUUCCAGUUCACGCGAGUCGGCAACUUUUAUUUCCUGUGUGUCGGCAUUCCCCAGACGAUCCCGGGUAUCAGCACCACAGGCAACUUUACGACCAUCCUGCCGCUGCUCUUCUUUGUGCUCCUGACCGUGGUCAAGGAGGGCUACGAUGACUACAAGCGCUACUGCCUCGACAAGGUCGAGAACGCCGGCCUGGCCACUGUCUUGCGACGAACCAAGGGCGAGGACGAGAACUACAGCGACAACCAGGACGAGGUAGCAGCCCGAACAGAGAAGGCGGCGAUUGCUGCCGAGGCUGCGGCCAAAGCACGCCAGAGACGGCGCAAACGUCUCUCCCUUGUGCCCGUCGUCGGCGCGUGGCUGGCCAGACGCAUCUUCCGCGAAGUGCCUCCCCGCGAAGACGGCCGCGUCCUCGGCGGCGUAGCUGGCGAAGCAAGCUGCGGCUUCCAGUGGAAGCAUGUCCAGUGGCGGGACAUUCGCGUGGGCGACGUGGUGCGCCUGUCCCGUGACGAGGAGGUGCCGGCGGACCUGCUGCUGCUACACGCCGACGGCGAAGGCGGACUGGCCUAUGUUGAGACCAUGGCCCUUGACGGAGAGACAAACCUCAAGAGCAAGCAGGUACCGGCGCCACUGGCAGGCGGAUGCUGUGCAACAAUUGCCGGGCUGGUCAACACACAGGCGGAACUUGUGGUCGAGGAUCCGAACCCCGACCUGUACCGCUUCGAUGGCCGUAUCUUGACCUCCGCCCCCGACGACAACGACGCCGCGCCGCCUGUGCCGCUUCCUCUUACGCUCGCGGAAGUCAUCUACCGCGGCAGCACUCUCCGCAAUACGCCCUGCGCCAUCGGCCUUGUCCUUAACACCGGCGAGGAGUGCAAGAUUCGUAUGAACGCCAACCGCCACCCGCGUGCCAAGAAGCCUGCUCUGGAGCGCGUCACCAACGGCAUCGUCCUGCUGCUGGCCGCUUUCGUCGUCCUGCUUGCCGCCGGCUGCUCCAUCGGUUAUUAUCUGUGGCGCCGCAAGGUCGAGCGCCAUUCGUGGUACAUUAGCAUGGUCGCCGUGCCCGCUCAAGAGAUUAUUUUGGGCUUUGCCAUCCAGUUCAACAACGUCAUCCCUCUCGCGCUCUACGUCAGUCUCGAGAUUGUCAAGCUUGGCCAAAUGAUGCUCGUCAACGCCGACUGCGCCAUGUACGACAGCAAGUCCGAUACACCGGCCCGCUGCAACACCAACACCAUCCUCGAGAACCUGGGCCAGAUUGGCUACGUUUUCUCCGACAAGACGGGCACCCUCACGGAAAACGUCAUGCAGUUCCGCAAGAUGAGCGUCGCCGGCACGUCUUGGCUGCAUGAAGCCGACAUUGACGUCGAAGAGACGGCGGGCGCCGGAGCGCCUGAGGCCGGCCAGGAGCAUCGCGACGAAGCCGGCGGUGUCGUUGUUGCGUCGCCCCGUCCCUCGCUUCACUCAUCACGACGCCCGUCUCCAUUGCCGUCGCCUCGGCCGUCCACGGACAGCCGCCCUGUGGGCCCGGUUCGGACACCCUCGCAGUUUCUUGCACCGCCUGUCGAGCCCAGCAACAGCCAGGCACAGCGUGUAUCCGCCGAAUCCAAUCGGCGCUCCUCGUCCCACUGGCGGUCAUCGGCCCGCCCGGACCACGCCCAACCAGAACUGACAACCACCGACCUACUCGAAUACGUGCGCCUUCGUCCAUCUGCGCCCUUCUCCACCAAGGUCGUCACCUACAUUCUCGCCAUGGCUCUGUGCCACACGUGCCUACCAGAGCUCAAGGACGGCAAGGUUGUCGGCUUCCAGGCCUCAUCGCCCGACGAACUGGCCCUGGUUCGUGCCGCUGAAGAGCUCGGCUUCCUUGUCGUCCGCAAGACCGCAUCGUCCACCACGCUGCGCUUCACGUACAACCCGCAGGCCGAAGAUGACAAUGCAGAGGCGCCCCGUGAAGAGACGUAUGAGGUGGUUGACGUCAUCGAGUUCAGCAGCCAGCGCAAGCGCAUGUCCAUUGUUGUGCGCCGCCCUGACGGCCGCCUGUGGCUCAUUUGCAAGGGCGCCGACUCCAUGGUCCUGCCGCGACUGACCAUGGCCCCCUUGGCCCUGCAGCGUGCGCAAAACGUGCGUCAAAGCGCCGAUCUCGAACGCGCCCUGCUGCGCAAGAGCGAACAAUGGGAGCCGCGCAGCAGCUUCGGCGGGCCGGCUAGCGUGACGAUUCGGCGGAGCAUUGGCGGCAGCGUCCACCGCGACAAGCUUGGCGGGACGGGCGGUGCCGGUAGCGGCGAAAAGGACAAGUCUGUCGGCUUUAAAAAUGUGACCGUUACUACCACUGGCAGCAGCGCUCGACACAGCGCCGACCGCAGCCGCUCUUUCGACAUCCAGCGAACCGCGCGCCGGUCCAUGGACGCCUUCCGUCUUCGGCCUUCCAUCGGCCACCGCACACCGUCCUUUGACGUACGCACGCCUGCACUGACAGCCCUCGUUACCGAUGUCGAUGCGCUCCGGCGGUCGAGUACGUCGGGUGUGCGGGCCUCCCGGCGGCCGUUGCUCUCACCCACGUCGCCACACACACCCAGCCCGCUGCACACAAGUGUGUCACCGCUGCCCGACAAAUUUAUGUUUCUCGAAACGCCCGCCUUCCUUGAGGCUCUCGACGACGAAAGUAGCAUGUUCGACCAGUGCUUCCGCCACAUGGACGAGUUCGCCGCAGAAGGCCUGCGUACGCUCCUCUUUGCGCACCGCGUCGUGUCGGACGCGGAGUAUGCCGCGUGGAAGACCAGCUACCUGAAAGCGGCAACCAGCCUCGACGACCGCCAGGCCCGCAUCGAGGCCGUCGCCGAAACUAUUGAGCAGAAUUUGCAGCUGAUUGGCGCGUCCGCCAUCGAAGACAAGCUGCAGGCCGGCGUGCCUGAGACCAUGGACACGCUGCGGCGUGCCAACGUGAAGAUCUGGAUGCUCACGGGUGACAAGCGCGAGACCGCCAUCAACAUUGCCCACGCUGCCCGGCUGUGCCGCCCAAGCUCGGCGAUCUAUGUGCUCGACGCGAGCAAGGGUGAUUUGGCGGGGCAGCUGCUCCACGUGGCCGAGAGCCUAGGCUUGCCCGAGGCCGACAUGGCCAUGGCCAUGGUUGCCGCCGGCCAGGCUGGGCCGUCAACCCUGCUGGGCCGUGCUGGCCGUGUUCUCCGCAAAGUCAUUCGCAUGCCGUUCUCGUCGGGCCAGACACUACCCUCCCUUCCGAGUGCGCGCCAACAGCAGCGACGGCGCGGCCAUACGGUGGUUGUCAUUGACGGCCAUACGCUGGGUAUCAUCGAGGCGGCGAAGAAGAGGCGCAAGAAGGAGGCCAAGCAACCCGCCUCGAAGGCAGAGGCCCAAGCGGCCGCACCCGCCCACCAUCUGCAUGUCUUGAACGGCGCCGACCCGGACCUGGACAGUUUGUUCUACAGCAUCAUCCCGUCGGUCGACUCGGUCAUUUGCUGCCGUGCCUCGCCCGCCCAAAAGGCCCUGCUUGUGCGCAGCAUCCGCCACGGCCCGCUCAAGAAGAACCACCCUGGCCUCACGCUGGCCAUUGGUGACGGCGCCAACGACCUGGCCAUGCUGGCCGAGGCCCAUGUCGGCAUUGGCGUGUCGGGCAAGGAGGGCCUGCAGGCGGCGCGGGUGGCCGACUACAGCAUUGCGCAGUUUCGGUUCCUGGCACGGCUGCUGCUGGUGCACGGCCGUUGGAACUAUGUGCGCACGGCGCAGUUUAUCCUGUCGACGUUUUACAAGGAAAUGUUCUUCUACACGCCCGCCGCCGCCUACCAGUGGUACUGUGGCUACACGGGCACGUCCAUCUACGAGAGCUGGAGCUUGACGGUGCUCAACACGCUCUUUACCAGUCUGUGCGUCAUUCUCCCGGGCAUCUUUGAGCAGGAUCUGAGCGCGGCCGUGCUGAUGGCCGUGCCGGAGCUGUACGCGUACGGCCAACAAGGCAAAGCGCUGAGCCCGAAGCGCUAUGGCAGCUGGAUGCUGGCGGCCAUGGCGCAGGGCGUCCUCGUAUGGUUUACCUGCUGGGCCGGCUACGGUGCCUUUGCGGACGGGCACGACCCGAACCUGUUUCCACUGGGCAACCUGGUCUUUUCUGUGUGCAUUAUGUGGACCAACAUCAAGUUAUUCAUCCUCAUUGCACAUAACAAGACAGCCGUGGUCUUGGCCGGGUUUGGCAUUACCGUGGCCGGUUGGUGGCUGUGGUGUAUCUUCCUGGCCCUGGCCUUUACGCCCAGCCCCUCGCCGUACGACGUGCGCGGCGGCCUCUUUACAGGCUAUGGCCGCAACCUGUCGUGGUGGACGACAGUCCUGAUCGCGCUGACGGUGCUCACGGUCAUUGAGCUCGGCUACCGCGCUGCCAAGCGCAACCUCGCUAUUGCUGGUCUCUGGGGGCGGGCGGCGGCGGCGCCGCCAUCGCCCAAGGCCGCUGCCCAGAAGCAACCGUUUAGCGUCCGGUCCUGGACGGCACGACUGCGGCGGCGUCUGCCAUUUGGUGCCCGUGCAACGACAAAGGCGGUAGGAGGUGAAGGCCCAACUGCGGGCGAGGUUGGUGCCCGCGACCAUGGCGAUGCGUUUGCCGGGUACGAUGACGACGACAUGUACGAGGACGACAACGACGCCGAAGACGACAGCCGCGGUGAGGGUGAGGACGACGUCGAGAUGCCGGCCGACCGGCUGCAUGUUGGGCUGUGGCAGGAGAUUGAGAAAGACCCCGAGGUGCGGGCGCGGCUGGCGCUCAUGAACAGCGAAGACCCGUGGAGUUGA